AAUGGCUUCCUAUUCCAGAUCUGUCUUUGUUCUUACGAUCUUCCUUGCUGGUGUAAUCAUGGCGGCAAAAGCUGGCAGGACAUCGCCUGCUCAGCCAUCUCACACCAUAGUAAAGGCGUGCAGCACUGCCCAAUACAAAGACUUCUGUAUUGGGUCCUUAUCCUCUGCUCCAGGGGCAUUAAAAGCAGACAUGAAACAGCUGGCUGUGAUAGCAGUAAAGUUGAGCCUCAAAGAAGCACAAGAUGUUUCUGGCUAUGUUGUAAAUAUGAAGAAAGCUGAUCAGAGUAGUUCUGGUGGCCUCAAGGACUGUGUGGAGCUUUUCAAAGACACAGUUUCUGAGCUCCAUGAUUCAUUAUCCAGAUUGAAGGGCAUAAAAAAGAAGAAAGGUUCUGAUGUAGAGGACGCUGUAUUUGAUGCUAGGGCUUGGCUGAGUGCGGCGGACACAAAUGUUGAUACCUGCUUUGAUGGCUUAUCUGCUCACCCAGAUAUCUCUCGCCACCUUCACACAAGAUCACUCUAUCUCUCUAAAUUGAUGAGCGAUGCGCUUGCUGUUACUCACAAGCUUGCUGAUAAAGACGACCCAUAAGAUAGUUAUUCUAUUGUGUUGCUUUGGAUAUGUAUGGUUUUGGUUUCAAGAAUAAAUGCCAAUGCUUUUG